AUGGCGGCUAGCUGGAGGUCGAGGCUGUUUCCGACGAUCAAGAAGGUGUUUGUGUUCGGGACCAGCAAGAGGACUGCGGCCACAGAGGCCUGCAAGUCAUUUGAGGAAUCACAGGAGGAGAUCACCAAGGAGUUUGAGGAGAGGAAGAUCGAACUCGAAGCUAAAGCUGUAGAGAUCUAUCAGGCCUCAGACGCUGAGAUCAAGGAUUUGGUGAGAAAUCCGACAGAGGCCGGAAUCAAGAAAAAGUCGACUGCUGUCGUGAAGUUCAUUGAAGAACUAGUAAAGAUAGAGUUCCCUGGGUCUAAGCAAGUCAGUGAGGCUGCAAGCAAGUAUGGCGUGGCCCUUGUCCCCGCUCCGAUCGUGUUCAUCCUCGAGAAGGUGUCGGCCUUAGUCCCCCAAGACGACGAGGUGGACCCUGGAAGUGUCGCCGGUGCAAAGGAGGCCACUUCGAGCGAGCUGGAGAAUGACAAGGAAGGGGCAGCGGUCGUCGGAGAGAAGGCAGAGGAGGCGACAAUUGUGGCCUCAUCGCCUCCUAGUCCUGCCGGUAACGCACCGGCAACCACAAUCUCUGUCACCGCCGAACCGACUCCUGCAAAGGCAUGA